GGCUAAAAGUUGUCCUUGACACCUUGUAGUACAAGGCCCUUGUGACACGAUGAGCCAUUCCCAGUAAUUUCUCAUCCAUAUGUCAAACUAAUCACACACACUGUCUAAACCAAACCAUGGAAAACUUCAAUGCAACCCAGAAAGACGCCCAAACCCCAAAGCAGAUCUUCAUAUUAUCCGGCCAGAGCAACAUGGCCGGCCGAGGCGGCGUCAACAAGCACAAGCACUGGGACGGCGUCGUCCCGCCCCCGUGCCGCCCCGACCCCUCCAUCCUCCGCCUCAACGCCCACCUCCACUGGGACCCGGCGCGUGAGCCACUUCACUCCGACAUCGACGCCAAGAAGACCUGCGGCGUCGGGCCCGGAAUGUCCUUCGCCAACGCCGUCAGGGAGCGCGUGGGGAUCGUCGGCCUCGUUCCCUGCGCCGUGGGCGGCACUGCCAUAAAGGAGUGGGCGCGUGGGGCCCACCUGUACGAGAACAUGGUGAAGAGGGCCAACGCCGCCGUGAAGGGCGGCGACGGCGGCGAGAUCAAGGCGUUGCUUUGGUAUCAGGGAGAGAGUGAUACGUCGUCUCAGCAUGAUGCUGAAUCUUACAAGGCUCAUAUGGAGAAACUCAUCCAUGAUGUGCGAGCAGAUCUUCACUCACCUUCGCUUCCAAUCAUUCAGGUUGCGAUUGCAUCAGGGGAUGUGAAAUACAUGGAGAAAGUUAGAGAGGCGCAACAGGGAAUAGAUAUUCCAAAUGUUGUGUGCGUGGACGCCAAGGGUUUGGAACUGAAGGAAGAUCAUCUUCACCUAACCACAGAGGCUCAGGUUGAGUUGGGCCAUUUGUUGGCUGAUGCCUAUCUCAAACAUUUUGCACCUCAACAACACCCACCCACUUCUGUUUCUUCAUCUUGAAGACGGCCUCCCUAUGUCGCUGUGUGUCUGUGUGACCUAUGUAUGUGUGAGUGAUGCUUUUGGCUGUGUUCUUGAUGGCAUUGAUUUUAGUUUCAACUGAAUUUCAUUUAAUUAAAAUAAGAUUCUUCUUGAAAAUUGGUUCCAAACAUAGGAUUCAAUAUGAUGGACCAUGCUGUACAACAAUCAAGUACAAUAUAUGUUUGUUUGUGUA